UAAGAGGGCGCCGAGGCCGGGGGCACGACGCGGAGGUCUAGCAGCCCGACUGUGUAGGUGUGUAGGGUCAUUUGAGCCCUGAGCUGGGGUGCACAAGAGCUCUGAGUUCGGUGUGUCCUGGGCUGCACAGGAGCAGGGGUCGGGUUCGGUUUUCCUUUGCCCGGCUGAAGUGCGGAGAAGGCAAGGGGCUCGGAUCCCUCGCUGCAGAGGAACAGCUGGCCGGGACCCGGGGACGCCCGCCCUGACCAUCGGCCCGCCGCCGCCGCUGCCGGCAGUCGGCCCGCCGUCAUGGCCGACCACCUGAUGCUCGCCGAGGGCUACAGCCUGGUGCCGAGGCCGCCGCCUGCCGCGCCCGCCCAUGGCCCUCACGCGCUUCGGACGCUGCAGCCCUACUCGGGCCCGGGCCUGGACAGUGGGUUGCGGCCGCGGGGGGCUCCGCUGGGCCCGCCGCCGCCUCCACCGGGGGCCCUGGCGUACGGGGCCUUCGGGCCGCCGCCUGCCUUCCAGCCCUUUCCGGCCGUGCCACCGCCGGCCGCUGGCAGCGCGCACCUGCAGCCCGUGGCGACGCUGUACCCUGGCCGCGCCACCGCGCCCCCCGGCGCCUCGGGAGGACCUCCGGGCCCGCAGCCGGUGCCAGGCGCCCCGGCCCCGCCACUGCCGCCGCCCGCACACGCCCUGGGAGGCAUGGACGCCGAACUCAUCGACGAGGAGGCGCUGACGUCGCUGGAGCUGGAGCUCGGGCUGCACCGCGUGCGCGAUCUGCCCGAGCUCUUCCUGGGCCAGAGCGAGUUCGACUGCUUCUCGGACUUGGGGUCGGCGCAGCCCGCCGGCUCGGUGAGCUGCUGAGCGAGGCCGGGCGCCUGCCUGCGUGCCCGAGAGAAGGAGGCGGGCCUGCCCGCCGGACUCCGCACCCAGCGCCUGGACCCCGCACGCACCCUCCGUGAGGGUGGAGGCAGCAGUUAGUGCACCAGAGCCGACGCCGGGCUGGGACGCCUGGCCUCACUCCAGGCCCUGCCUCCUGCAGAAUGACAGUUUGGGUUCAUCUCUGCCCCGGAGCCUCAGCGGUAAAGUGAAGGGGACUGGACGCCCCCUUCCGGACUCCCAGUUCUUAAGAUUCUGUGUCCUCUCCUCUCGGACCCUCCCCCGCCCCAACCCCCAAUCUGAGCCAUCCCAGGCCUCUGCCUGAUUCCCCCUUUCCUUGUGCAAACCACUGUGGUAACUGGGUGCCUGGAGCCGCCCACCCGCCAGGCCCCCACCCCGCUGCCUGGGCCCUGAGGUCGCUGGGCCUCCCGCCCUGGGGAGGGGCAGAAUGUACAGCCCUCACCCCUGCGGAGUGGAGCAAUACCCCAUCUGACCUCCAGCACCACAAUAAAACUGGGUCACUUUCCA